UAAGUCAACGGUUUCCGCUUCCGAAUUGAUGCGUCAUAUAAUAGAACACAUAGAAAUUGCGCAAACGGUGUACAAACUUAAGGAUAAGAAUGCCCCCUAUUGGCACGUCAUCCCCAAGAUCGAUGCAGCUUCAGGAAUUAUUGAGAAUAUACCUAAAGUAGAUAAACCGCCAAAGCAACAUACUAACCUGGGAGUCCCUGAAAUAUUACUUAGAAACAAUCAAUUGUUGCGCGGUAUUGCGAUCGAUUUGAAUCCGACCUAA